CAUUAUUCUCAUAACCCGCUCUAGACACCAGUCGCGAAGAUGUAUAAAUACACGAUACACGACCGUAACGUAAAAGGUAAUCAAAUAAACGUCAUUUUUAUACUUAAAAGUGACCAAUUAAGAAAAAGAUGAUUGGUCACGUGGGAAUAAUACUGUUGAAACUGGGCAACUUUCAUCCCCACCACUCUAUUAUCAAUAAAUACAUACGUCAUAUUAUAUUUUUCUGUGACAAGUACAUGACAGAGGAAAAUUUUUGAGCUUUCUAUUUUAAUUAAGCAAUAAUUUAAUUCUCUCAACUGUGCAGGCAGUGUUUUUAGUGAGUGAGAAAUGUGCAGUAAACAAUACAUUAGUGAGUGAUAUUAUGGACUCAAAGCCUCAAUAAUGUCACUAUCGAAGCCCUACGAAAACAAGUUACAAAAUGCAUCCCAAAUCAUUAGGAACCCAAAUGGAUUGAUUAGCAGUGGCAGAACAGCGCCUGUUUUGCCUCCCAGGCCUAUGAACUCUCCAGCAAUACCCUUAAGUAACACAGGGUAUGGCGGGGUAACUUCAUACAUGCCAUAUUCAGGUCUAGGGGGAUAUGGGAGCUACAGCUCAUAUGGUUCAUAUGGCAUGCCAUACCGCAGCACCAUGUAUGGCUCCUUUGGAGGCUACAAUGGAUACAAUUCUUAUGGGGGUUAUCAAGGAGGUUAUGGGGGUUAUACUAAUGAUGAUCAUGAAAGAAGGUUCAUCCAGUAUGCUGAGGAAAGCUCAAGAAACACAUUUGCCAAUGUUGAGAGUAUUGUGAGGGCUGUCAACAGUCUUGCAAUGAUGCUUGACAAUACAUUUUUUGCUAUGACCAGUUCUUUUAGGGCUGUUCUUAGUGUAGCAGAAAACUUUGGACGUCUAAGAAGCAUGUUUGCCCAUAUUUGGCACUCUAUCAACAUAUUUAGGUUUUUCACAUGGUUGUACAGAAAGAUGUUGAGAACAUUUGGUUACAAAGUACCACAAAGCAUGACAUCAGUAGCUUGGAAACAGGCAGCAAGUACUACAGGGGUUCCACCAACACAAGCUAAGGGUUCUGGAUGGUCAACAUUAGCAUUUUUGGGGAUGCUCAUUUCAGCGCCUUAUAUUAUUAGCAGAUUUUUGCCCAAAUUUGAAGACAAAGGCGACCCAGCGAACUGGAAAUCUCCUGGAAUUAGAGCUAAAGCAAUAUUUGACUUCAUAGCAACAGGACCCAAUGAGCUUACAGUCCAGACCAAUGAUAUGGUACUACUAGCCCCUACCUACAUUCAAGAAGAAUUGAAUCUCAAGAACACUGGCUGGGCAUAUGCAGUAUGCAAAGGAAAAGCAGGUGUGGUGCCCCUUAACUACCUUGUUAUCAGCAAAACGAGACCUGUUACCAGUGAACCAGCUGAAGAUGUUCCAGUGCCUGUCCCCAAACCUAGCAACAUAAAAACGCAUACGAAACGCGUUAGUUUUGGGGAGAACCAGAUUUUUGAAAAUGUAGAUAUUGAUGACUAUAUGCUACCUAACAGAGAAUCUAGUCAAAACAGUGUAGUUAAAAAAGAGAAAAAGGUGGAAAAUAGCCAAGGUGGUGGGCAACCACGUUCUAAUGAGAGUGAGCCAAGUAGUAGUAGCAAGAAUAUUGUCAACAGUGAAAAUAUAGCUACACAAUCUACUAAUAGUAAUAAUCAGUUAUCUUGUGAUGAAGUAAUUAGUCCUAAGGUGGAAAAUGAUUAUGAAAAGGUUUAAGUUAGUUUUAUAUUGUUUCCGCUACAGCUUACUGACAAGUAAUGUCAAAAAUGAUAUGUGGAAAAGUGCAUAAAAACAUACUAAUGUAAUUUUUAGUUGUGGUUGUCCUUAUCUCAAUAUAUUUGUCUCUCUAGUCAUUACUCUUCUUGGAUGAUUAUUUUUUCAUUAAAAAUGUAAUUUAAAAUUUGUUUAUUCAUAAUAUAUGUUUAGCUGAGCUACAUAUAUUAUUAUUUUUAUGUCCAAAUUCUAAAAAUUGAAAACAAAUGACGUGUACAUGCACCAAAAUAAAGACUGACAUUAUCUGAUAGUAAACUGUGGCUGAUUUUAUUUAUGUGAAUUUUGGAUAAUAAAUUUUAAUGUAUCUUCAUAAACAUCAUGUUUUAUUUAGCCAAUAAUUUUAUUCAGACUUUACUUUUCCUGCUUCUGCAGUCACUUCCAAAAUAUAACAUAUAGAAAGUCAGUGGUAAUAUAAGCUCAAAAUUAAAUUUUCACAUAUUUUUUUAUGUUGAUAUUUUUAUUCAAACAAUGUUGUGGUCUCAUUUAUCAGGCAAAUAAAACAUGAUAGCAUCAUUUUUAAGUGGUGGUCAGUGCAAGAGAAUAAAAAAUCUUAUCCCAUACCUGUUUCCUUAUGUAUAAUGCACAUUAGCAAAUAUUAUGGAUUUUGCAGCUUAAAAAUCAUUUUGCCAAAUUGUUAUAAAUUUGUUUCAAUUUUUUAUCUCAUAUUUAUGAUGUUGUUUGGUAAGAUUUCAAGUGUUUUUAAAUUGGUGUAAACUUUUGUAUUACUAUCAAAUAAUGAAUAUAUGUGGUGAUAAAGUCUAUAAAUGAGCGUUUUCAUUUUUUAUUUUUAUAAAUGUAAAUAGCCUAGGUAUUGGAGUAAGUAGUACAACUAAAGCAAUACUAUUAAUUGCAUUUCAUUUGUACUAUCAUUAUCAUAAUGAUUUUGUUAUCUCUUUUCU